AAUAAAAUAAAUACAUUUUUUUUAAUAUAAGAAGCCUACCUUACCCAAUUUGAAGCUUUAUAUGUCUAGAGCUAUACAACCACAUAUAUUCUCUAGUAUACUUUCAAAUACUAAAAACCUCUAUCUCUCUCUACAUCUCUCUUUCUCUCUCUUCCCCUAAUGAAAGAGCAAAUGGUCAAUCAAGAGUGGGACUUCACACCUAGCUCUUCUUCAUCUCUACAACAACCCAAGAAUAACUCCAAAUUGAGAAUGAUUUCUAGCUCUAGUAGUGAUCAUGAUCAUGGUCAUUCCAAUUAUAAAGCCAAAACGACAAGUAGUACCAGUCUUCUUAACAACGGGGAAACGCAGCACACGACGUCGUUUCGAGGAGUCAGAAUGCGCCAAUGGGGAAAAUGGGUAUCAGAGAUAAGAGAGCCAAAGAAAAAAUCCCGAAUUUGGCUCGGCACUUUCCCAACCGCCGAAAUGGCCGCCCGGGCUCACGACGUCGCCGCUCUCGCCAUCAAGGGCAGUUCUGCCCACCUCAACUUCCCGGAGAUUGCGCCGGAGCUUCCCCGUCCGGCCAGCUCCUCCCCCAAGGACAUCCAAGCCGCCGCUGCAAAAGCCGCCGCCUAUUGUACUAAUAAUUUAUCUGCAACGACGUCGUCUAGUGAAGACGGUAAUCUAACGUUGUCGUCACCGGAUAGCUCAACGACACACGAAACGUCGUCGUUUAAUUCGACUUCGCCGUUAUUGGCAGAUAACGUUGACGGUGACGAUACAUUUUUCGACCUGCCUGAUCUUUUGGUGGACGUUAGUAAUAGUAAAAAGCAAAACGGUGAGUUUUGUGCUUACUAUUCACCGUGGCCGUUGGAUGGAGCUGUUGAUAAUCACACGGCUCUCAUUGGUUGCUCUAGGCUCAUUAAUGAUCAGGAUUAUUCUCUGUCAUGGGAUUAUUAGUAAUUAAUUAGUGGUCAUGUUUUUCCAAAAUUUCCAAAUUUGGGUGAAUUUCGGGUUUAGAGUAAAUUAAUUAAUUAAUUAAAUUAAUAAUAAAGUUGUCAACUGAUCUCUCUAGCUAGCUAAAGAUUUUAUUUUGUUUUUGUUUUAAUUUAAUAAUUAUCUCUGUUCUGUGUAUUUCUAGAAUAAUAAAGAUGAUCUGAACUUAUAUAUAUA